AUGUUUCCGAACUCAUCCAAUUCGGAAUUCUCCAACGAUAAGUCGGUAUCAAACAGUCUGGGAGGCGUGGCCGUGCUUGCACUACUUGACGUGACCGCCCUGUUUCUGGUCAUGUCCUUCAAAGACGGUAAAGCACCGCCUGGUGAGGUGGGCGAUCCUCGACUGCCUUUCACGAGCCCAAAGGAAAAUGUCCUAGUGGGACUGCGAAGGAAGCCAGGCCUCGUCGAAACAGGCGGCGGCGCGGGGAUGUCGUUGAACGGUCUUGACCCAGCACCUCCUUGGACAUUCUUGUCCGACCUUGUGUCAACGGAAGAGGGAUUUGUCGACGAAGUACUGAGGCGGGCGGAUGAUGCGGCACUGUCGUUAGGCGCGGUUGAGUGGGAUCGUUCAUCGACCAUGGUUGUGUUCGCGUACCGGUUACUUGCAUCAGGGCGGCCCACCCCAAAUAAAUCUACCUCCUCGUGGUCGCGUCGAUCUUUCGGUGGUGGCAAUGGUGCUCCUCCUAUAGAUGCCAUCUUCAAAUGUCUGCCACCAUCAAAUGAUUUUCCGCUACUCUGUGGCCUUUCCAAAACUCGGAAGGAGGAAGCCUCCCCAGGCGGGUUGCGCACCUCGUCCAAGGCAUGGCCUGAAGAUUUCCGUCGUUGA